AUCUCAAAAUCCAGAUACAAAGGAUUAUAUUAUGGUCCUUGAUUAUGCAAAAGGUGGAAGUUUAAAUAAUUAUAUAAAUAAAAAUCUGGAAAAUUUUGAUUGGUUUAAUGGAUUAAAAAUAUUAACUAAUAUUAUUGAGGGUCUUGAUAAAAUUCAUCAAAAACAGAUGGUUCAUCGUGAUUUUCAUACAGGAAAUAUAUUAUUUUCAACAGAUAACGUACAGGAUUUCAAUGUGUAUAUUUCAGAUAUGGGAUUAUGUGGAGAAGUUUGUAAUAUAGAUGAAACUAAAAUUUAUGGAGUUAUGCCUUAUGUAGCUCCUGAGGUAUUAAAAGGUAAACUUUAUACUCAGUCAGCAGAUAUAUAUAGCUUUGGCAUGAUUAUGUAUUUUGUAGCGACAGGAAAACAACCUUUUGGUAAUCGUGCUCAUGAUAGUCAUCUAGCAUUAGAUAUAUGUAAUAGAAUUAGACCUGAAGUUAAUGAUAAAAUAACACCAAAAUGUUAUAUUGACUUAAUGAAGAAGUGUUGGGAUCCAAAUCCGGAUAAUAGACCAAAUACUUUUGAAAUAAAAGAAUCAAUUUAUUUAUUUUACCAUUCAUUAGAUCAAAAUUUUAAGGAAAAGGAACAACGACACUAUGAUAUUGAAGAGCGAUUUAAAGUAACAGAAGUAUACAGAAAGGAAAAUUUUUUAUCUUUUAAAAAAUAAUCAAUCAAUUUGUACACAAGCUAUUUAUACAUCU